AUGGCAUUAGCCACAGUAACAAAUGGCCAAUUGAAUUGGCUAGGUACCGUCGUAGGUAUAAUUGCUGUUAUUACAACAACCCAGCUUCAAUUAUCACAAGGUAAAAAACAACAUGACUAUGACUUAAGCGCGAUGCAAAUAAAUCACGCUCAAGCAUUGCCUACGUUUUUUGUGUGUCUAACUCUAGCGUUACUCCUCGAAUCCAAUACUUUCUUCCGACACACAACUAUUUUAGCUCACAAAUGGACAGUCUUAGAGGCCAAAUGGAUAUCAUUGAGCGCUAUACUUGCUGCCUCUGUGAAUUUAUGUUGUUAUGGAUUGAUCAGAAACACGUCUGCUCUGACGUAUCAAGUGACAGGCCAUGCAAAGACUGCUUUAAUAUUCGUAGGAGGCUAUUUUUUAAGUGGAGGACAGGCACCAGUAAAGUGGAGUAACUUUAUUGGCGCAGCAAUCUGCCUGGGUGGAUCUGUACUUUAUGGUUACGUGCGCUAUAUUGAGGAAAACGCUCUCCGUGCAUUUCAAAUAUUUACAACCGGUAUUCAAGAGAAGUUCUUCGGAUUAUUUUAUAUUCAUAAAAAGCCGCAGGCAGAGCCUUUAGCCUCCUGCCCGAAUGUAUGA